GGGGACUAGCCAAGUGACUCCCGUAGUAUUUGUACCUGAAAUUAUGGCCUAAUCCUAACCUGGUCCGCCAUCUUGGUUGACAUACUACAGGAGUACCCUAUUAGACACAUAGAAAAUCACAUGGUAUUGAUUGGGUACAACAUUUAUUUACUUUACAAAGCAGAAUAAUAGAAGGGAGUUACGUUGAAACAGUUAGAUUAAUUUUGCAAAAGAACUUAAAUAUUGCAAUUGCUUAAUGUUGACAGCUUACUAAUUAACUAAUGAAAAACUAUCAAGGAAAAAUCAACAAUUUUUAAAAGACAAUUUGUUACUUGGCGCAAGGUUCAUGACUGAAAAUAGAGACAGAUUAAGCCGCAGGCGCGGUAGAUGUAUUCUAUUUUUUGAAAUAUUUGCCAUCUGCUUUAUACUAUUUUUAACCUACACUCACAAACCAACGGUAACAAUACAAAAUUCACAGUUCUGGAUAGAGGAUGGUCGAACUUUUAUAGAGACACCAAUAUCAAACGCCAAAACAAUUAAAGAAACAUUACUUAGCUCUUCCUGGAUUCACUUAUUUCCUAGUGUGAGGCAUAUGGUCACACAAAUAGAUGAGAAUGUGAUUUCUCAUAUUACCAACGCAAAACAGACAACAAUUACUUUAAAAGGAGGAAAUAAAUUUGUUGUUGGAAAUAAACUAACAGCAAAGAUAGUAGCAAAAGAUCAACUUGGAAGGCAAAAAAAUUACGGCGGAGACUUUUUCAUAGUCACUUUGCGACGUCGAGGAUAUCAAAACGAUGUAAUUACGUGCGAUGUUUUUGAUGAAAUGAUGGGUAUCUACCACGUAAGCUGCCUUCUUCCAUGGCCCGGAAUAGCUUACUUGAAUGCGGUCCUCGUUCACCCGAGCGAAAGUAUUUUUCAAAUGAUUAAAAAAUAUUCAUCGGAACAUGAGUGGGGAGUGUUAAUGAACACAACAAUGCGGAAUUCAAAAGAUAUUGAUGAAUAUACUCCUUGCUCUGUUGGAUUUCCCGAGAAAAGUCCAUCGGAAUUAUGUGAUUACUCAAAUCCCAGUCACGGAGAGAAAUGGACCUGUAUUAAACCGGAAUCUGGAGAAUGUUCUUCAAUAACGUGGCAAGAAAAAAAGACAUUGGAGCAAAUACAAUUUUUUGACAAAACUCACUUCAAACGAGGUUUAAAUCUUUAUGCUAAAAUUACUGGAUCCGGGACAAACAUAUCCAUUGCUGAAUCUUCAGAAAAAUUCAAAUAUUUGGACGAAAAUCUUUAUGAAACUAAUGAAAAUCCGUUCAAAUCGACAGGAUGGUUCGAUAACGGCCGUUGGAUAUCAACAGUGGUACCUGGUGAAGUAUCCUACAGUGUGGAACGAUUACAACAAUGCACUACUAACAAGAAUUUUUAUUUUAUCGGAGAUUCUACUAUUCGUCAAUGGCAUGAACAUUUUGCAAAAACCCUCGGAAUUAAGCAGUAUGGUCCAGACAAUAGUGUGGCAUGGUCGCAACACAGGGACGGUAGUAGUGAGUCUAUGAAUACUUCUUUGCAUUACCGAUCGCAUGGGUCACCUUUACAUAAUCCUGGCCCUGUCAGUUCACGACCUUAUAUCAGCGACUCGUUGGACUCUAUCACAAACGCAGGAGAAGGGACUUAUGUUUUUAUAACACUCGGGUUGCAUUUCGAACUUUAUGAUGCCGAUAUUUUUGGGGAUCGAAUACGAAUCAUUAAGAGUGCCGUUAAGUCGUUGUUAUUACGUUCGCAUGGGGUGAAAAUUUUUAUCAAAGGACACAACCAUCACGGUUAUUCCAAGUUGUGUCCAUCUGCUUGGUUGUCUUACAGAUAUGACGUAAUGCUACGGCAUGAGUUUAAAGAUAUAGCAGACGUGACUUACUUAUCUUUAUGGGAUUUGUCAAUUGCAGCUGACAACCGUGUUCUUCAUCCAGAAAGUAAUUUACUAAAAACUCAAAUAGCUUUAUUUUUAUCGUAUAUAUGCUGAAUAAUAUAGAAAAAUUGUUCUCUUCUCGCAACUCGCCAUUUCUAGAAUAUUUGUUAACACGCACGUGUGAUAAUAUGUUUGUUAUUUAUUAAUAUAUAUUUUUUUGAAAUCACUGAA